CCCCCCCAGCAACCGGUUUUAUGCCAGCGUCAAAGAUCGGGGGACCCUCGCAUCCGGUGCCCCCUCUCUAGCGUCCGGCUGGAAACACGCAGGCGGAGGGAUCGGCGCCCGCCGCGGACAUGGCGCCCUGGCCCGCCGUGCCCCUCCUCAUCAACCUCGGCGGGUCGCUGCUAGGCUUCGUGGCCACGCUCACGCUGAUCCCCGCCUUCGAGGACCACUUCCUCGCCGCGCGGCUUUUCGGCGUGGACCUCAACAAGGCCUCACGGCGGCCCGUCCCCGAAGCACAAGGCGUGAUCAGCGGGGCCGUGUUCCUGAUCAUCCUCUUCUGCUUCAUCCCCGUGCCCUUCCUGAGGUGCUUCGUGGAGGAGCAGUGCGCAGCCUUUCCUCACGACGAGUUCGUGGAGCUCAUCGGUUCCCUUCUGGCCAUCUGCUGCAUGAUCUUCCUGGGCUUUGCAGAUGACGUUCUGAACCUACGCUGGCGCCACAAGCUCCUUCUUCCUACCAUGGCUUCCCUGCCGCUGCUCAUGGUUUACUUCACCAACUUUGGGAACACGACCAUUGUGGUGCCCAAGCCCUUCCGGCUGCUGCUGGGCAUGCACUUGGACCUGGGUAUCCUCUACUACGUGUACAUGGGCAUGCUAGCAGUGUUCUGCACAAACGCCAUCAACAUUCUUGCGGGAAUUAACGGAAUUGAAGCGGGGCAGUCUCUGGUGAUAGCAGCUUCCAUUAUCGUAUUCAACAUCGUAGAGUUAAACGGGGAUUAUCGAGAAGAUCACAUUUUUUCUCUCUACUUCAUGAUUCCUUUUUUUUUUACCACGCUGGGGCUGUUUUACCACAACUGGUACCCGUCUCGAGUGUUUGUCGGGGACACCUUCUGCUACUUUGCCGGCAUGACCUUCGCCGUGGUGGGGAUUUUGGGGCACUUCAGCAAAACGAUGCUGCUGUUUUUCAUCCCGCAAGUGCUCAACUUCCUCUACUCGUUGCCUCAACUCUUCCACGUCAUUCCUUGUCCCCGUCACCGGCUGCCGAGGCUCAAUCCUGACACAGGGAAGUUGGAGAUGAGCUACUCCAAAUUCAAAACGAAGAGCCUCUCUGCCCUGGGGACGACUCUUCUGAAGGCAGUCAAGGUCUUGCACAUAGUAGAUGUGAGGAGCGGAACGGAUGAAGAUGGCGAAUACACCGAGUGCAAUAAUAUGACGCUUAUUAACUUCAUUAUAAAGCUGAUCGGACCUACCCACGAGCGAAAUCUCACUCUCCUGUUGCUACUCAUUCAGGUCCUGGGCAGCACGAUGGCAUUUUCAAUCCGGUACCAACUAGUGCGCUUGUUUUACGACGUCUGACCGGGCUGUCGGGGAGCAGGGGAAAGUGUCGUACCUGCGGGUCGCUCUUCUCCCGUUGCUGACCAACCAAUUCCACUGAUCUUACUCCGGCCCUCCGAGACCCUCAGGAUGCCCGUCACAGAUGCAAGCAACUAUCCUGCACGGGCCAGUCCUGAACUGUAAUCAUCUUUCUUUUUUUUGCACACAGAAGGCUUUCGUCCAAUUCUGCUGGCAGAAAAGGUUCACUGCUAGUUGGACGUCACCGUUACCAGGAAUACCUGUCGGAGGGGAGGUAAAUGCCCCAAAUGUCUCCUCACGGCACUUAGGGAAGGUAGGAAAGAUGAGAUCUCUAUACGUCUAACAAAAAGAACGCUGUUCCCCGAGAGAGAAAACAGGGGCUGCAAUUUCUGCAAGACUCAGUACAGCAGAACGAGUAAACUAGAAUCCCCUCCUGGCUUCUGCAAUCCUGUCUUUGGUCCGUGGUCAUAGAGCGACGUGUUAUAAACCAUACCCGAAACCCCGAGUGCCCUGAGAAUAAAAUAACUCAUGAUACCCUUUCCCCUUCA